GGCAGCUACUCAGAUAACAAGGACCUUUAUAAGUCAGAUGAGAGGAGAAGUCUCUCUACAGCCCCCUGAUCCUCAGAAAGUUUACCAUGCAUCUAAAAGUGGUGAUCUUCGCCCUGUCAAUCUUGACAAUUUCAGCAAUCCCACUCCACCGUAACACCAGGGAGGCAACGUGGACUGACUCAAAGGCCAAUCAGGCUCAUGACAAGGCAGAACUCACAAAGGAUGUGGACACGAUCUACAAAAGCCACAUAGACAGCAGUGACCUUUACGACCAAGACAAUCACAGCAAAAACCCAGUGGCAGAGGAGAUGCAGCACAAACUCAAUAUGGAAUCAGAGCGUCUGCGAGCCCGUCUCCGCCAAGAGCUCGCUGAGCUGCAGGAGAGGUUAUCCCAAUCUUCAGCCCCCCUCAGCACCACCCUGGCCAGCAUGAGGGAGCGCUUGGCUCCCCUCACCCAGCAGCUCCAGAGCUCCCUCAGCAGCAACACCCAGGAUCUGUGUGGCCAGCUGAGCCGCUAUCUGCAGGGCCUGGAGACGGCAGAGGCCCAGGCAGCGGCCGGUCCCACUCUGUACCAAGAAGCCUUUCACUGGAUGAGUCAAACCCUGGAGCACAGCAACUCCAAGGUGGCUGACCUCAUCAGCAACUUCCAUAUUGAAACCAUAGCGGUGAUCGAACAUCUGAAAGAGAUCAGUGAGAGAGAGGCAGCCAAACCUGAACUCUGGCAGGAAAUCAGCUCCAGGUUGGGACAGGAAGUGAGUUCUCUGAGGAUGGAGGUGCAGAACAGGGUGGGGGCUCUCAAGGCAGAGCUUGCUGCUCUGCCAGAAAAUGUAUGGCCUAUUAAGGCAGAAGUGACAGCAAGUAUGGAGCGGUUCUGCCAAAAUGCAGCUCUGCAGAGCCAAGUGCUUCAGGGCCGGAUGGAGAGGUUGUUUCAGGGGCUGGAAGAGGAGCUGGGGGUCCAAGGAGACUCCGGCAUCUCUUUUUCUUCCCCCUCCUUGUUCAUUCAGCCUGGAGGCUCUUUGCAGGAGGAUUUCUCAGUGAAACUCUCUGCUCUGAUCCAAGACAUUCUGCACUCUGUGCAGUGACAUUUAAAAACUAACAAUUAACCGCUGACAUGGACCUUGAGAUCAUUUGAUUUGCAUUCUUGUCCAUGAGUUUGGUCUGUUUUUUGCCAUUGUAAAGUAAGUUGCUUGUAAAUAUUUAUGUUUGGUUUUGAUUGAUGUUUUAUUCUGAAUGUGAAUAAGUGUAGAAAUGUCAGUAUAUAUUUACUGAACUCUGUAAAAAGAUGCUGCUUGUGGAGAGUAAAGUCAUUGAUAAUACAAAUUGCUGUUUUUUAAUUACGUAAUAAAAACCACAGAGUGCAAUACCAA